AUGGAGGCUAGGUCUUGGAAAUACAUUUCCAGUAUUUACGGUUGGAGAGUGAAGACUCACGUGCCUUUGGUUCCUUCCUUACCUGCUCCAUCUGCUUCCGUACCUGUUCCACCUGCUUCCGAACCUCCCUCUGCUGUUAUUACUUCUUCUACCGCUCCUCCUUCUACUGUCCAUAAUACAGAAGUGGGUUCUACAACUCAACAACCACUGGACUUCCCUUCACCCGCAAUUGAAGUUUUCGAAACUGAAGUUCCCGGAGUUGAUGUUCCCGUGGGUAAAGUUCCGGUGAGUGAGGCUCCCUUGGCUGAAACUUCUGCAGUUGAAGUCCCUAUGAACGCUAAAAUUGUCUCGGGUGAUGCACCCUCUUCAAGCUCAACCGUGCCUCAUGUUGCAAGUCAAGUUGAAACUUCGUCUAUUGAUACUCCAAUUGCUGUGGUUGAAAAUCAACCCGCUUCUGUUGGCGAUGUUGUUCCAGUUGAGCUCGCUGAUGAUCCUUCUUCAGUACCUGUUUGGAAAACUGUGUUUAAAGUUCUUGAAUUCAUUUGA